AACUUUUUUAUUGAGCAUAGCGACCAGCUAUUUAAUACAUUAGUUUAGUAUCAAUUGGGCGUUUAAUACGUGCGGACCAUAUGCGCUUGCAAGUAAAUACGUUUGUAUUCGUAACAGUAAAAGUAAAUAGUUAAACUACAGAAUGGCACAGGAUAAUCUGACUGCAGUUUUGCACGGAAUAAACGAUUUGCGAUUGGAACAACGUCCGAUCCCGGAAAUAUCAGAUGAGGAGGUGCUAAUCGCAAUGGACAGCGUUGGGAUCUGUGGAUCAGAUGUUCAUUAUUUAACUAAAGGUCGCAUCGGCCACUUUGUGGUGACCAAGCCCAUGGUAAUUGGCCACGAAAGCGCAGGUGUGGUUGCCAAGGUGGGCAGCAAAGUUAAGAAUCUGGCUGUAGGAGAUCGAGUUGCCAUUGAGCCGGGAGUUCCUUGCUACAAAUGCGAUCAUUGCAAGCAAGGCAGCUACAAUCUGUGUCCUGACAUGGCAUUCUGUGCCACGCCCCCGUAUGAUGGUAACCUGACCCGAUACUAUAAGCACGCAGCGGACUUUUGCUUUAAAUUGCCUGAUCAUGUCACCAUGGAGGAAGCUGCUCUACUAGAACCGUUGUCCGUGGGAGUACNUAGUAGAGCCAACUUUUUUAUUGAGCAUAGCGACCAGCUAUUUAAUACAUUAGUUUAG